CUUGCCUCUAGCUGUGCUAAACGCAUCUAGCAUGAGGAGGAUACGAUAAAGUAAACGACAGUAAUAAUUUCAGUACGACUCGGUUUGUUGAAUUGGAGAGAACAAGUUUUUUCUGUUGCAAAUAACAGCAGCAGCAGCGAGCGGCGGCGGAUAUCUACAAAUUCAAUAAUAAUAAUAAUUAAUCUCUCUAAUUUCAGUUUCAAAUUGGCUUUAAUGUUCAAAUGCAAAAGAAAAAUUUGAAAAGAAUAAUAAUUAUAAAAACAAUAUAAAGAUUUAUGCAAAUAAUUUAAAAAAUACAAAAGAAGAAAGUACGAAACACCAGAAUGUCUGCAAGUAACAAAGAGAGUCCCAGCAGGGAAUCUACAUCGUCAAGUGCAAGAAUAAGCCUGAUAGCUGAAGAUUCAUUGACCCGUGACUUUUCCAUGGGCAGUUUAACAUCGACUGUCAGUCAGGAUGAGUAUUUCCGGUGCCGUGAUCAUGCUGAGAGUGUCCUCAAAAGAAUGCAAAAUUACUUAGAAAACGAGCAGCUGUGUGAUGUGAUCCUGAUAGCUGGAAUCGAUGGUAAACGAGUACCUGCACAUCGUUUGGUUUUAUCAGCAUCAAGCGCAUAUUUUUCAGCAAUGUUCACAGGCUCUCUGCGAGAGACCAAAGAAGAAGAAGUCACACUAGGUGAAGUACAUGGAGAUGCACUACAGAUAUUAGUACAAUAUUGCUACACAGGUUUUAUUGAACUUCGUGAAGAUACUGUAGAAACGCUUUUAGCAACAGCAUGCCUACUUCAACUAAAUGCCGUUGUAACUGCAUGUUGUAAUUUCCUAGCUCGACAAUUACAUCCAUCAAAUUGUUUGGGUUUUGCAUUUUUUGCUGAACAACAAAGUUGUACAACACUUCUGAAACUAGCCAAAGCAUAUACCUGCCAGCAUUUUAUGCAAGUUUGUAAAAAUCAAGAAUUCUUUCAAUUAAAUGCCGAACAAUUGGGAAAACUUUUAUCCAACGAUGAUCUUAAUGUUCCAUCCGAACAAGAUGUAUUUCAUAGUUUAAUGUCAUGGGUGCAACAAGACACAGCGACACGUGAAAAAUUCAUUCCAGAGUUAUUAGCACUUAUUCGUCUGCCACUUUUACAGCCAUCGUUUAUUGCUGACCAUGUAGAAUCAGUUUGUGGUUCUAGUGAAUGUCAACAACUUGUUAUGGAAGCUCUCAAAUGGCAUUUAUUGCCAGAACGUCGCUCUUUGAUCUCAACUGAAAGAACAAAACCAAGAAAAUCCACUGUUGGUAGAUUAUUAGCUGUUGGUGGAAUGGAUGCACAUAAAGGAGCUAUAAGUAUUGAAAGUUACUGCCCCCGAUUAGAUAAAUGGACAGUUUGGAAAAAUAUGUCAGCAAGACGAUUACAAUUUGGUGUAGCUGUGAUGGAUGAUAAAUUGAUUAUUGUCGGAGGUCGUGAUGGCUUAAAAACGCUCAAUACUGUUGAAUGCUUAGACUUAAACACAAUGGCAUGGACUCCACUUACUCCAAUGGGUACACAUCGUCAUGGUUUAGGAGUUGCAGUGCUUGAAGGACCUAUGUAUGCAGUUGGUGGUCAUGAUGGUUGGAGUUAUUUAAAUACUGUUGAAAGAUGGGAUCCAUUUGCACGAACCUGGAACUAUGUAGCACCUAUGUCAGCAAUGCGUUCAACAGCUGGAGUUGCGGUGUUGGGAGGACGAUUAUAUGUUGUUGGUGGUCGUGAUGGAUCUGUUUGUCAUCGUUCAGUUGAAUGUUAUGAUCCUCAUACCAACAAAUGGACUCUGAGAGCACCGAUGAACAAACGACGAGGAGGAGUUGGAGUCGCAGUAGCAAGCGGUCAUUUAUACGCCCUAGGAGGUCAUGAUUGCCCAGCUAGUAAUCCUUCAGUUUGCCGAACAGACACAGUUGAACGUUACGAUCCCGGCACAGAUUCUUGGACUUUGAUAUGCUCACUAAGCGUCGGAAGAGAUGCAAUUGGAUGUGCUUUCUUAGGUGAUCGCCUCAUAGCCGUUGGUGGUUAUGAUGGUAAUCAUUAUUUAAAAACUGCCGAAGAAUAUGAUCCUGAAACGAACGAAUGGACACAGGUGGCACCGUUAACAUACAAUCGGGCUGGAGCAUGUGUGAUAACAAUUCCAAAUAUAAUUCCCUCAACACCACCACUAGCCGCUAGCUCAACGAAAAAAUGGAAACCAGUUAGAUUAAAUCCGUACUGUUACAGACGCACUGUAGAAUUUGUCGAUUACUACAAUCUUUGAAAAAGAAAACAGAAAUAUUAACUACACACACAGCUAUAGAACUUAAUUUGUUAAUUUAUGUAAUUUGUGUGUUAACGCUUUUGUUACUGUGAAUUUGAAAAACAAAAAAAUAAUCACUUUAAUCAAUAUAGGAUUAUUAUGUGUGAAAUUGGGUAACUACUAUACUAUAGAGUGCAGCGAAUGUAGCGAAGAUAGUUUUGUGUUAUAUUUGUAUAAUUGUCAUGACAAUAGGACCUCUUGAUGGACUAAAGAAUAAAAAAACAAUGGUUAUACAUUUGAUAUACAUAUUUCAAAAAUAAGAAAGAAGAUCUAUUUUGUUAGUUCUAGUAACAUUUUUUUAUGUUCUUUAAACCGACCAAAUAAGUAAAAAAAAGAAACAAAAA